AAAACAACAUAACAUACAGCUGGAACAAUCCUGAUCUCUGUGCGACAAUAAGUCCCUACAUUUAUUCAAGUAUAGACGGGUAUGUAGGGGAGCGGGAGUGAGCAGCACAGAGGCAGAGCCAAUUACAGUAGCAAGCAUUGGCGUGAGCGCACAAUAAAUUGGCAGUUGCGCUCCCCCGGGCAAUCAGUGCGCCGCGCUUCCCGCAGGGAUCGGUUGGAGGCAGCGCUCGCAAGUUAUGGGAAUGUUCUUGGGUCUCGGUCCAACCCACAAGUGGCCCGAGUUGCUCGCACUUAUCCUUCCUGCCAUUGUGACGGGACAAGGCGAUGAAAUGGGAGUCCCACUGAGAGGCUGCUGAUAAGUCAGUAUUGAAGUUGGCCGCAGAGGCUGCUGUGGAGGAGGCAGCGCCAGAGUAGCUGCAGAUGGAGUGUCAGGGAAAAGCCUCCCCUGUGUGCACACUCACUCCCCUCCCCCUCCCCCGUGCAUGUGUUUUCUCUCCCUUUGCUAGCUAGCCACCUAGAGGUAAGUGCCUUUCCCUGGCAGCAGUGACUGAAUAGCUCGCUGUGUUCUUCCAGCCCCCGCUACACCUUCCUGCCGUGUCCCCUCCCAUCCGAUCAUGUUGACAUAUUCACACGGCAUUAUGUAGUAGUGAUGCUUUGCUGCGACGCUACAGCUUCCGACACCUUCUUUUUAUAAGUCAGCCCUGUCCCCAUCCAGCAGACCUGUCAAAACCCCGCCUAUGGAGCCACACAAUUGGUCCGAAAGCGUCAAAGGGCCAAUCAAGUAGGUCUGGGCUCCUCGCAUUGCCACAACACAUCCCUGGGAUAUGGUGUAAGGAGAGGCUCCAUUCACUCACACACAGGAUACUUGAAGCGGGACUGUCUCUUUCCUCUGUCUUUUCUCUCCCACCCUCUCCUCUUCCUCUGUAACCCCAGCUCCCUCUCUCCUCUCUCUCUCUCUUCUCACACUGGCACAUUCUGCGGGAAGGGAGGCUGCUAUUUAUUAAAAAGAAAGACAAAGGGAAGCAAUCCAUUUGGGGGAACAGCGGAAGCACGAGAGUGCAGUACAAAAUAGACAUCUGCAUCUUCACUCUUAAUCCUUACCUGGAGCUGUGACAGCCACUGGGGCUGCCGGAGAAGUUGCUGCUUGUCCAGACAACACGAACUGUCCCAUUCUCUCUGAUCUCCGCACAAGUGAAACUCUUGGAAGAGGAUACUUGACCGGGGAAUUUCUUCUCUGUAUUCGACACCCUGAGAAGUAGCCGGUAGUUUGUUGUGUCAGUGCUUGUUUUUGCCACUUUAAUGUGCCCGUGAAGAUCCUUCACUGGACUGGACUGAGCCCCGAGCUGUGAGAUAAAGUGAAUGAAUUUACCCAUGAGAGAUCCAGUAAUUUCAGGGUCAGGCAUGGCUUACCAUCCAUUCCUAUCCCAUAGGGCACAAGACUUUGCAAUGAGUGCUGUUCUUGGACACCAACCUCCCUUUUUUCCAACUCUGGCUCUGCCACCCAAUGGGGCUGCUCUUUCCCUUCCUGGUGCCCUGGCCAAGCCCAUCAUGGAUCAAUUAGUGGGUGCCGCAGAGACUGGCAUCCCCUUUUCAUCUUUGGGUCACCAGGCAGCUGCUCAUUUGAGGCCUCUUAAAACCCUUGAACCAGAAGAAGAAGUUGAAGACGAUCCAAAAGUCCACCUGGAAGCCAAGGAUCUCUGGGAACAGUUCCACAAAAGGGGAACAGAGAUGGUCAUCACAAAAUCUGGGAGGAGAAUGUUCCCCCCAUUUAAAGUGAGGUGCUCUGGUUUGGACAAGAAAGCCAAAUACAUUCUGCUGAUGGACAUUGUGGCUGCAGAUGACUGCAGAUAUAAGUUCCAUAAUUCCCGAUGGAUGGUGGCUGGAAAAGCAGACCCCGAAAUGCCCAAACGAAUGUAUAUCCAUCCAGACAGCCCGGCCACUGGGGAGCAAUGGAUGUCCAAAAUUGUGACCUUCCAUAAACUCAAACUGACCAACAAUAUCUCGGAUAAACAUGGAUUUACUAUUUUAAACUCCAUGCACAAAUACCAACCCAGGUUCCACAUAGUGAGAGCUAAUGACAUUCUGAAAUUACCCUACAGCACAUUCAGAACUUAUGUGUUCCCUGAGACAGACUUCAUUGCAGUGACUGCAUACCAGAAUGAUAAGAUCACUCAAUUAAAAAUUGAUAACAAUCCCUUUGCCAAAGGCUUCCGUGACACUGGGAAUGGCAGGAGAGAAAAGAGGAAACAGCUUGCGAUGCAGUCCAUGAGAUCAUAUGAUGAGCACCAGAAGAAGGAUAAUGGGAGUUCGGAUGAGUCCUCUAGUGAACAGACUGCGUAUAAAUGUUUUGCUCAAACUUCUUCCCCAACUGCGCCUGCAGUGGGCACCUCCACCCUCAAAGGUGUGCCCCCCAGUGAUGGGGAGAGUGACGAGGAGAGUAGGGAUGAGGGAGGGCCGGACACAGGCGAAUCUACCAAGAUCUCCACUACAACCAGUGAGGAUUGCAGGGAGUUGGCCAGUCCCCCCAGGGCCCCGCUCUUCCCAUCAGAUUUGGGCAGCAGCAGCAGGAGCAAGGAGCAGAGCGGCAGGACGGGAAAAAGUUCCCCGGACUCCCGGCACAGCCCAGGCCACAUCACCUCCAGCAGCAGCAGCAGUAGCAGGAUCCUGAGCAUCGAGGAGCUGAAAAGCCCCACCAGAGACUCCCAAAAAGCAGAAGAGUCCCAGCGCUCCAAGGAGAGUUACCCCCCUCUCACUGUGCAAACAGACAGUAGCGCCCACCAUCUGAGCCAGGGGCAUCUGCAGAACCUCGGCUUCCCUCCAGGACUAACUGGGCAGCAGUUCUUUAACCCACUGGGCGCCUCACACCCUCUGCUCUUGCACCCAAGUCACUUUGCAAUGGGAGGGGCUUUUUCCAAUAUGGCUGCUGGCAUGAACCCACUUCUGGCCUCAGUUUCAGCAGCAUCAACUGGGGUGAGCAGUAUAGACUCUGCCAUCAUGGCAUCUUCCUCUCAAGGGCUGAUGGGCUCUUCUGCACUGCCUUUCCAUCUGCAACAGCAGGUCUUGGCCUCACAGGGCCUGGCAAUGUCUCCCUUCGGAGGGCUGUUCUCCUACCCUUAUACAUACAUGGCCGCGGCUGCUGCAGCCUCCUCUGCUGUGCACAGACACCCUUUUCUUAACGCCGUGCGCCCCAGGCUCAGGUACAACCCGUACUCAUUCCCUAUGCCCUUUGCAGAAGGCAACAGCCUGCUCACCACUGCCCUGCACUCCCUGCCCAACGGCGCGCUGGAUGGCAAAGCCAGUCUCCUCUCCAGUCCGGCCGCUACUGCUCUGGACACUGAACUGACCAGCAGAUCCACCACCCUGUCUACUGGCUCCGUCUCAUUAUCCCCAAAGCUGUGCCUAGAGAAGGAAGCAAGCAGUGAGCUCCAGAAUAUUCAGCGGCUAGUAAGUGGGCUGGAUUCGAAGCAGGAGCGGUCAAGGAGCGGUUCCCCUGACUGAGCCCUGUGGGCAGAACUAUCAACCUAGUCCUGAUGGUCUCAUUCCAGUUCCAGACUGGCAGUGCACUUUGUGUUGGGCACAGGAAAGCCCCCUCCUAUCCUUGACUUGCUACAAACGGGGAUCUACAAAGGUUUUCAUCCACUGCAACCUUGGGGGAGAAGUUUGGACCCUUGCAAGCUGCUAUUAGGACCAUAUAUACCACUAGACAGCCUAUCAGGCACUAAGAACAGAUUAGGGGCCUGCAAGUGUACAGCAGCAUCUGUCUGUCAGUGCCAGUGGCAGACACUAUCAGCCUGCCCCCCACCCAACUGCUGCUGAAUUAAACUCCAUACCCUCCUUCCCCAAAACACACAAUUCUCAAAGUUGUAGUUGAGCAGCAGCUGGAGAUGGGAAGUCUAAUGAUUUUUGGUGGUAUAAUAACUCAUCAUUCUCUUGCAGAAUUAAACUUGAAAGUUUGUUAGAAAUAAAACAUUCGAUAAAUAGCAAGAAAAUUGCUGGUGUACAUUAGGGGGAUAACUUUAUCAUAGGCCUGUGCUUUUAACGCAAUGUACUGGCUUCUGCAUGCAAACAAAUCCUUCCCUGUUAGCUCUGCAAACGCCUGCUUAAUAUCAUGGCACCAACAUGGAGUUCUCCUCUAAAGAAAGCGGCUUCAUACCAAUCACAUUAUAAAAACAUGAAAACACAUUUAGCUGAUGGGAAAUCCCAACUGAUUAUUGGCUAAACAUCCAGUCCUCAAAUAUGCAAUAACAAAUUAAUAGAGAAUAGGGCAAACAAGCGAAAAGGGAGGAUAUUAUUGAAAAAAAAGUAUUUAUGUAAUUAUUUGAUAUCUUAUGUAAAUACAACUAAAAUACUGAAUAUUAAAAUUUAAUUUAUUUAUAAUGUAUAUAUUCAUGUAAAUAAGGCUCUUAUUUUUAGUGUGUGUUAAACCGAUUAGGUGCCAAAAGGGACGGCAGUGUAUUAGUAGUAAACCAGGUGGCACGCAAUGGGUUAAGCUGUUUCUAUUACCAUUAGUGUUUGUUUGUUUUUUUCAUUGAACUAUAAAAAAUAUGUUUUUAAUGGCCCGGCUGUGGUUUCACACACAUACACACACACAUGUGAAAAUAUGUUUUAUUUGCAUUUAUGAAACCAUGGACAAAUAAAAUAAACAUACAAAGCUCACGCAAACUCACAGUCUUGGCAGGUUAAACAGGGUGAAACACUUUUCCCAUCCAAUGCCCUGAAGCUGAAUUUGCCCAAGAACUAACAGUCAGUUUACUCACUAAAUACUUGCUUGUUUGAUCCCAGAGUCUCCAUACAAAUAUCUCAGUUCUGCACUGCGGGUUUCACAAGGAAAUCCUACUCUGUUUAUAAAUACCUCUGUCUUGGAUAAAUCUAGUUGUUGUUAUCUGCACAGUUAAACUCCUAUCUGUGCCAGUAAAAGAAUAUGAAGGCCUAUAUAUAUAUAUAUAUCUAUAUAUGUAUAUAUAUAUAUAUCUAUAUAUAUAUCUAUAUAUAUAUAAUGUAAUGAAUGUUCGAUAGAACGUUUCUCCUUGUAUUUUUUGUUUGUUUCAAAAGUCUCCGAGUUUCAAUAAAUUUUUUAUUGAAAUACA